UGGUAGCGUGAAUUUCUUUCACAAUUCAGAAAUACAUCAAAAGUUCGAUAGUGAAAUAAAGAUCCGUUUGCGCAGAGAAAGAGAAUGAUGGGAAGUCUGACUCUGAACCUGAGAGUGACACCUUGUAGCUCCUUCACCACCUGCCUUCUUCACCCUCCUUCUCUUUCCAAACCCUCCUUUCUCAUUCAACCCUCCAAUAUCCCAACAACCUCACUCUCCCUCUCCGCUUCUUCUUCUUCCUACGAUGCACCAAUCUCUACACCAACCCCCAUUUUCCUCCCUUAUCUCCAACAGCAAGAGGAAGAUGUUGAGGCUAUAGAAAUAAUACAUGAAGAACAAAAAGAAGCACAAGAAGAAGAGGAACCCUGUGACCCAAUCUAUAAAUUCUUCAAAGAAAGGACUUUGGUUCCUUCACAAGACCCUCUAACUCAAGGCAAAUUGACCCUCCAGAAGAACCGUCGAAUUUCUUGGCACCUUGCUGUGGAUACCGCCCUUGACUCUGAUGAACAACAAGAGGAAGAAAUUGAGAUGGGUUUGGACCAAGUUCCAUUUAGUAUUGAGGAAGAAGAAGGUGAAGACAACAAAAUCGAGUGGAAGAAGGAACUCCCACAGGGCAUUGUUGGAGAAAUUGUUCAUCUGGCAAGGAACCUCCCUGAGAAUUUGACACUUGAAGAGGCUUUGGACAAAGGCUUUGAAGGGAGGGUCAGUGAGGAAGAUUGCUGGGAGGUUCUUGAAGUUCUUGAGGAGGAGAAGCUUAUAUUAUGUUGCUUGUACUUCUUUCAGUGGAUGAGGUCUCAGGAGCCUUCGCUUGUUACACCGCGCUCGUGUACUGUGUUGUUCCCGGCAUUGGGGCGGGCGAGGAUGGGUGAUAAGUUGAUGGUUUUGUUCAGGAACUUGCCAUCCACAACGGAGUUCAAAGAUGUUCAUGUUUAUAAUGCUGCAAUUUCAGGCCUUCUGGAUGGUGGCAGGUAUGAAGAUGCUUGGAAGGUGUACGAGGUAAUGGAAACUGAAAAUAUUCGACCAGAUCAUGUUACGUGCUCUAUUAUGAUUGUCCUUAUGAGAAAACUUGGCCAUAGUGCGAAAGAUGCAUGGCAGUUUUUUGAGAAAAUGAACAGAAAAGGGGUCCAAUGGUCUGAAGAAGUUUUAGGUGCAUUAAUAAAGUCAUUUUGUGUUGAGGGUCUAGUGAAUGAAGCUCUCAUCAUCCAAAUCGAAAUGGAGAAGAAGGGGAUCUCUCCAAAUGCAAUUGUGUAUAACACUCUGAUGGAUGCAUAUUGUAAAUCCAAUCAUGUAGAAGAAGCUGAAGGUCUUUUUGUUGAGAUGAAAUCUAAAGGGAUUAAGCCGACUGAGGCUACCUUCAACAUUCUAAUGCAUGCAUACAGCAGAAGAAUGCAGCCGAAGAUUGUGGAAAAGCUUCUGGAAGAAAUGCAGGAUGUUGGCUUGAAGCCAAAUGUGAAAUCAUAUACUUGUGUAAUUAGCGCAUACGGGAAGCAGAAAAAGAUGUGUGACAUGGCCUCCGAUGCAUUCUUGAAGAUGAAGAAAGUUGGCAUACAACCCACUUCACAUUCUUAUACAGCUCUGAUACAUGCGUAUUCAAUUAGUGGCUGGCAUGAGAAAGCUUAUGCUGCAUAUGAAAGCAUGCAAAGGGAAGGAAUCAAACCUUCCAUAGAAACCUACACUGCUUUACUAGAUGCAUUUAGGCGUGCCGGCGACACCCAAACUUUGAUGAAAAUAUGGAAGUUGAUGAUGCUCGACAAAAUUGAAGGAACACGUGUUACGUUCAACAUUCUUGUUGAUGGUUUUGCUAAACAAGGUCGAUACAUGGAAGCAAGAGAUGUCAUUUCCGAAUUCGGGAAAAUGGGAUUACACCCAACAGUGAUGACAUACAAUAUGCUGAUGAAUGCAUAUGCACGAGGAGGGCGACAUUCAAAGCUGCCUCAGUUGUUGAAAGAGAUGGAAAAUCUCAACUUAAAACCAGAUUCUGUCACCUAUUCGACUAUGAUAUAUGCCUAUGUUCGCGUCCGAGAUUUUAAGCGUGCAUUCUUUUACCACAAGCAGAUGGUCAAGACUAGGCAGGUACCAGAUUUGGCUUCAUACCAGAAGCUUCGGUCGAUUCUUGAUGUAAAAGCUGCAAAGAAGAAUAGGAAGGAUAGGAGUGCCUUGGUUGGUAUAAUUAAUAGUAAGAUGGGCAUCACAAAAGUAAAAAGACAGAAAGAUGAGUUUUGGAAGCACAGGAAGAAACAUGUAACGAAACGUAGUGCUGAUGCUAGUGCCCAGUGAAUUAUCCCGUGUUCCAUGUACGAAACUUGAACUUUGAUGUUUCAUUGUACAAUCAGUUUGCCUAGUGUUGCUUUGUCAUGUAGUGAGGUAUGAAUUGACGAUAUUAUCCCUAUAUUAACAAGGAAUUGCUAGUUGUUGGCUUUAAAAAGGUGAAAAAAAGUUACUUGACUAA